CCGCUUCCCGCCCUACCGCCACAGCGCGAGUAUGGCGGGACAGCCGGUGCGGCGGUGCCGUCACAACUGCACGCUUGAGCAGUUUGUCGUCGUGCCUGACUCGCCUGCUGUCCGCACGCUCGUGGAGGCGCUGCUUGCGCGCGUGCACACGGCACAGCUCGAGUUCGCCGCCGCGGCGAGGCCGCUCGGCCUCAUGCGAGGCAUGCCCGCCCCCGUCGUGCCUCGCUAUCUCGACUCCGAGGCAGAGCUCGACUCGCGCGCCUACGAGGGCGACACCAUCUGGGCGGCAGUCGUCUUUUCAGAGCUGGGCAGCGGAGGUUCAGAGCUGGGCGGCGGAGGUUCAGAGCUGGGCGGCGGAGGCGGCGGGGAUGGCGGAGGCGGCGGCGGCAACUGGAGCUACACUCUGCGCUUCAACGCGAGCAACGUGCCCUCGACGCGGCGCCUCUUUGACCGCUUCGCCACCGGCCGCUCGCGCCGGUUCGAGCCGUACUACUCGUCCGGCUUCCUCUCGCUGCAGCACGCGCUCAACGACGCGAUCCUCGCGCGCGAGACGGGCGGCGCGCUGCGGCCGCCCUCGGCGUACGGGGUCCCCUUCCCGGUGCCGGCGUACCAGCACUCCGUGUUCUUUGACUUUGCGGGCAACCUGAUCGGGAUCCUCGCCAUCUUUUCGCUCCUCGUCCCCCUCUCCUCGCUCCUCCGCUCAGUCGUCCUCGAGCGAGAGCAGCGGCUCAAGGAGCAGCUCCUGAUCAUGGGCACGGCGCCACCCGCCUACUACACCUCCCUGCUCGCAACCUCCGCCGCCGCCUUCCUCCUCAUCUCCGCCGUCUGCGCCGCCGAGAUCGGCCUCUCCUGCUACACGCACUCGGACGGCGCGCUCGUCCUGCUGCUCUUUCUCCUGUUCGGGCUCGCCACGCUCGCCUUCGCGCUGGCGAUGGCGCCGCUCUUCUCGAACGCGCGCCUCGCCGCGCUGGUUGGCCCUCUGCUCUACUUCCUCUCGUCGCAGCUCUACUCCUUCUUCCUCGAGGGCGGCGAGCUGUCCGACGGGCAGGUCGGCGCCAAGGCGCUCGCGUCGCUGCUGCCCGCGAUGGCCUUCUACCUCGGCGCGUCGCAGAUGGCGCAGUACGAGGGGUCGCAGCAGGGCGUGACGUGGGGCAGCGUGCACGAGGGCCCCUUCCCCCUCUCCGCCUCGCUCGCCUUUCUCGCGCUCGACACGCUCCUCUACCUCGCCCUCGCCUACUACCUCGACGCCGUCCUCGCGAACGGCGUGGGCACCGCGCGGAGCCCCCUCUUCUGCCUCGACGCAUUCCGCCGCCCGCGCGCGCGAGCCGCCGCCGCCGCCGCGAGCGGCUCGCACACGGCCGCCGAGGCGCGCGACGACGCGCCGGUGGUUGAGCCGCUCGCCGCGCCGCUCUCCGACCGCGGCGUGGUGGUGCGCUCGCUGCGCAAGGAGUACCCGCGCGGCGUGGCGGUGGAGGGGCUCUCGCUGCAGCUUCCGCCCGACGCCAUCACCUGCCUGCUCGGCUCCAACGGCGCCGGCAAGACGACCACCAUCUCGAUGCUGACUGGGCUGGUCCCGCCCACCGCCGGCGACGCGACCAUCGACGGCCGCUCGCUCUCGGCCGAGCUGCGCGCCAUCCGCACGUCGAUCGGCGUCUGCCAGCAGGUGAACACCAUCUGGGAGGAGCUCUCGCCGACGCAGCACCUCACGCUCUUCGGCCGGCUGCGAGGGCUGAGCGGCGGCGACCUCGCCGCCGAGGUCGCGCGCGCCCUGCAGCGGGUCGGGCUGCAGGAGCGGGCCAGCGUGCGGGCGGGGGCGCUCUCCGGCGGCCAGAAGCGCAAGCUGUGCCUCGCCGUCGCGCUGCUCGGCGGCUCUCGCACCCUCUUCCUCGACGAGCCGACCUCGGGCAUGGACCCGCACUCUCGCCGCGCCAUCUGGGCGCUGCUGCGCGAGCAGCGGCAGGGCCGGACG